AUGCCUGGAUAUCCGGAGGCUGAUGAGAAGAAACAGUUCGAAUCUCCUCGCAAGAUGUCAUCAAUCUUUGGACCAGCUCAUGAUCAAUUUAGCUUGGGCAAGCGGUUGGGCAAGGGAGGCCAAGCAAUUGUUUACGAAUGUACGCGAAUGAAAACACAGAAAAAAUACGCAGUCAAGGUGAUCGAGAUGAAGGCUGUGGUAUUCCAAAAGAACGAUGGUGAGCAAAAUCUGCGACGGGAAAUUCGCAACAUGGAGGAGCUCUUCCACCCACGCAUCGUCAAUUUGCUGACUCACUUGUUUGAGGAAGACAGAUGCUGGCUGGUCAUGGAUUUAGCCCGAGGAGGUGAUCUUCACAAUAAAGUCUUCGAUGAGUUGAAUUUGUCCAUCAACCGAGGCGAUGAGCAUUUUCCUGGGCUUGGGCAGUCUGAGCUGGCUUCCAAGCACGUGGCACAUCAACUCCUCGAAGGUAUGGCAUACAUGCAUUCUUUUGGCAUCAUCCAUCGUGAUAUGAAGCUGGAGAAUGUGCUGAUCGUGCGCACCUAUGCGUACCAGGGACCUCCAGAAGAAGGCAUUCCGACCCCAUCUGAGGUGCACGACGUGAAGAUUACAGAUUUUGGGCUCUCAAAGAACAUGCAUAGUGCGCCUCUCUUGCGACGUGCGACUGCUGUGGGGUCUCCGGAUUUUGUCGCACCAGAGGUCUUGUCUGGCAUGUGCGACCAGUCGUGUGAUUACUGGAGCUUCGGCGUGAUGAUCUACGCCAUGAUUUGUGGUGAAUGGCCGUUCACCAUCAGGUCCAACAAAGACUUGGUGCCUGAGCGCCACAGAGAGGUUGUUUCUUCUGUGAAAGCUGGCCGAUCGUGGCAGAAUGCCACAAAGGAGGUUCGCUCACUGGUGCAGGGCUUACUCAGCAUCAACGCCUCCGCCAGGUUAACCCAUGUGGACUGCCUGCAUCAUGCUUGGUUCUCCAGCUGCAGUGGUGUCCAAGUGAACGACACCCACAAGGUGACAGUGACCGAAGGGCUGUCUCCCAAAGACGGAGCUCCUCGAGGCGUAAUUCAAGAAAUCAUCGGCUGUACAGGUUAUGCUGUUGACAACAUGCAGAUGAAGUUGGUCAAUGGAACCGCACUAUCUUUUGGGAGCGUGGGAGGUGACAUUGAGCAUCAAUGGAAGCUGAGGCCAGACGAGAGGCUCGUCUCCGUGUUACAGGAGGAGAGGCAUGACUUCUUGGGCCUGGCCAUUAUCUUCAACACAUCCCGAGGAGAUGUUUUGGCAUUGCAGGGCUCGCAAGCACGGAAGCGUCGAUGCUUCCUGGCCCCUUCCGGGAGCCAGAUUGUUGGCCUUCAAUUUCAAGGACAUCGGCUCAUGGGCAUCCACCUUCGGAAGAUAUCCCCCGAGGAGCCCGCAGCCGUGGCAUCUUUGGGUGGUAGAGUCGGACAUGCAGUGGAUAAGGUUUGGUUCCGCUUCCGCGAUGGCAGUCUCUGCGAGUAUGGGAACUCGGAAGGAGGUACGGAGCAAGGGCCUUGGGUGCUUGAGCCAGGUGAGCACAUCACAGCGGUUGAGCAGUUGGCCCGGGAUGCUUUCCUCGGCACGUCCAUUGCAUUCUACACAUCCCUCGGGAGCAUCUUCAGCUUGAAGGGCAUGGAGGCCUUCGGGUCGAGGCGCUUCACCGUACCGCGCGGAAGGCAAAUCUGCGGUUUGCAGUUUGAGGGCAGCAUGAUCACCUGCGUGACGACUUGUCCAGACGAUGGUGACAUGCGGGCUUGCAAAAUGCAUGGCCUCCUAUCCUGA